CAAAAUAUAUUGAGACUCAGAAUUCAUAAGAUAAACAGAUAGAUAGAUAUGCAAUCUGCAAAGGAGAAGCUCAGCAAUAAGGCCUGCGCUGCCAAAGAGCACGCAAACAUUUACAAAGCCAAAGCUGAAGAAAAGGUGGAGAAGGCGACGGCGAGAACAGAAGAACAAAGGGAAAUAGCUAGCGAAGUAAGAAAAGCAAAAGAAGCAAAAGCAAAGAUGGAGCUUCAUGAGGCGAAAGCUGAGCACGCAGCUGAAAAAUUGACUGCUAGUGCUAAGAAAUCCCAUGUCAUCCAUGGACAGAGUGAUCCUGCGGUUGGUGAUCGCGCGUCAUCUCCAUGGUCUUGAUCAUGAUGGGGCUCGUCUUCAUAAGACCACAGUUCCAGCGUAUCCCCUUUGGAGGUUACGGCACCCACAAGUUCCCCUUGUAAUAAUAAUGCUUGGCUCUGUGAAAAAGAGGACCAAAGUGUACGUGUAGGUUUAGCUUUUGUGAGUUGCUUUUUGUUGAACAUAUCAACUUGCUUGCUGUUUUGUUAAGGGAGAGUUGUUUGCUUUUGUGUUGCUGAUGAAUCUCAUAUGCAAAUGGUCAUAUUCUAAUUUGAAUUCCAAUUCUUCACAUGCCACAUAUCCAUCAAAUUGCCAAGUAAUAAAG